GAAAAAUGGGAAAAAAAACCUGCAGCGCAGGAAGUAUAGUUUGGGUGCAGAGGAAAAAUGGAACAUGGUGGCCAGGGAAAAUACUGUGUAAAAUGGAAAUCUCAACUACUAGGAUUUUUUCUCCUAAUAGUUUCAGUUCAAGAUUUCCCAUCAAGCUUCUUGGUCGAGAUAAUGCUUCUGUGUACUGGUACAACUUGGAGAAGUCCAGUCGCGUAAAGGCAUUUCGAUGUGGUGAGUUUGAUGAUUGUAUCAAAAAGGCCGAAUCAUCCAAGGUUUUUACGUUUAAUAAAAAACUCAAGUAUGCACUUCGAGAAGAUGCAAUUCUUCAUGCUCUUCAACUUGAGAAGCAACAACAGGAGAAACUGAAAAUGCCAGAUGGUCAAAGUGUUGAGAGAGCCAAGAGAAACAGACCAUUUUUGGAGCAAUCAGUUCAUUCUCAAUCAUCAAAGAGUGAGACAACUGCAUCUGCAGGUUACUAUACAUUGCGACCAAAAAAGAUGAUCAGUCGUCCAGCAGUCAACAAAAGGAAAAUGCAUAUUCAACAUUGUAGGAGCAGAUUAGUUGUUUCAACUAAUGAAACUGGUAUUGAAUCAAGGGGUGUCAAUCACAAAUCUCGGCCUAGUCCAGGAAACUGUCUCUCAGAGGAAGCCAGCAGCCAAAGCCUUAGUUCAAAGUUCACCACGUGCACGCGGAAGACAUUAAUAGAUGUGGAUAUGACAGUUCAAGGCACCUAUAGAGGAGAGCAUACUCCUCUUGUUUCUUUAAUGAGUAGAUUAAACGGAAAGGCAAUUGUAGGGCACCCCAUCAACAUAGAAGUAUUAGAUGAUAGUUCUGAAAUAAUUCUUGUUAAGAAAGGGAGCUCGGAUCAGCUGAAAAACAAGAGAAGAAUGCCUCAACUUGUUUGGAGAACUUCAAAGAGAACUCCUGUCUGUUACACAACCUCUUCUGCAUCUAAGAAGCCGAACAUGUCAAACAACGGACCAACAACAUUCUUUCGUGGCGAUGGACAAAAGUGCAACCAUGAUGCAGGUGACAAGAAUGCUGUAAAAGAUGACAUGACUCUGCCUUAUGUUACAUGCGUCCCUGUGAAAGACAUAUUCACCAAGUUAAUAGGGGCACUUGGAAAUGUAUGAUCAUAAGCAGGAUCUCGAGGUUUAUAUGGUGUGCAUGACUUAGUAUUUAUUUCCCUUGA